CGGCUCUUCUUGGCAGGCGGAGGGAGGUUUGAAAUGGCCGGAAGCGCUGGCGCUGCUCCGCGCCCUGGAGCGGCCGGGGCAGGCGGCUCCUUCCUGCCCGGUGCUGAGGGCAGAGAUGGCGACCAAGCAGCUGGCCCGGCAACUUGGAUUAAUUAGAAAAAGUUCCAUAACUUCCUCAAGUGGCAAGAAUCAGACUAGAACCAAGUCAAGGCAGUUGUUUGACUAUUUAAUUAUUAUUGACUUUGAGUCUACAUGUUGGAAAGAUGGUAAACGUCAUUACAGCCAGGAAAUAAUUGAAUUUCCAGCAGUUUUGUUAAACACUUCAACUGGAGAGAUUGAAUCUGAAUUCCACAUGUACGUCCAGCCUCAGGAACAUCCAAUUCUUUCUGAAUUUUGUACUGAACUAACUGGCAUAAAGCAGAAUCAAGUUGAUGAAGGGGUUCCUCUAAAUAUUUGCUUAUCACAAUUUUCUAAGUGGAUUCAAAAGAUACAAAAGGAGAAGAAAAUUAUUUUCAAUUCAGAUGUUUCAAGCCAUUCUGUUUCUGAAGCAAAAUCAAGUACCUUUGUUACUUGGUCAGACUGGGAUCUGGGGGUUUGUUUGCAGUAUGAGUGCAAAAGGAAGCAGCUGCGAAAACCUGAUAUUUUAAACUCCUGGAUUGAUCUCAGAGCAACAUACAAGCUCUUCUACACUAGAAAGCCAAAAGGGCUAAAUGGUGCUUUACAGGAUCUGGGGAUAGAAUUUGCAGGACGGGAACAUUCUGGGUUGGAUGAUUCUCGGAAUACUGCCCGUCUUGCUUGGAGGAUGAUCUGUGAUGGAUGUGUGAUGAAAAUUACUAGAUCUUUGGAUAAGUGUAUACAGGCUCCAGUCAGGGAGCACGGCUUCAUUGUGCUAGACACGCUACAGAUAGGAAGUAUUGCCAACUGCCACAGAUGUAUUUUUACAGAUCAAGAUGGCAGGUUGUCAGGAAGUGAAGAGGAGGAAGAUGAUGUUGAAGCUGCCUUAAAGAAAGAAGUUGAUCAGAUUCGCACUUCGACUGAACAGAAGCUGAGAAGAUUCCAGUCAGUGGAGAGUGGAGCUAACAAUGUGGUCUUUAUUAGAACGCUGGGUGUAGAACCUGAGAACCUUGUGCAUCAUAUAUUAAAGGACUUGCACACUACUAAAAAGAAGAAAACAAGAGUGAUUCUGCGCAUGUUGCCCAUUUCUGGAACCUGCAAGGCUUUUGUGGAAGAUAUGAAAAAGUAUUCAGAGACCUUCUUUGAGCCUUGGUUUAAAGCCCCUAAUAAGGGUACUUUUCAGAUUGUUUACAAAGCUCGUAAUAACAGUCACAUGAGUAGGGAAGAAGUAAUCAAAGAAUUGGCAGGAAUAGUGGGCAGCCUAAAUCCAGAAAACAAAGUGGAUCUUAAUAACCCCCAGUAUACCAUUGUGGUAGAAAUAAUAAAAAAUGUCUGUUGCUUGAGCGUGGUGAAAGACUAUGUUUUGUUCAGAAAAUAUAAUCUACAAGAGGUGGUGAAGAGCAACAAGGAAGAGCUGGUACAGCAAAACCUGUUGAGUGCUUCACAGGAGGAGAAGUUGAAAGAAAUAAACCUGGCAGAAGAGGACUCUAAAGAAGUGAAACCGGAAGACAAAGGUCAGAGUGAAGAGGAAUCUAAGCCCAAUGAGAGCGACAGUCAGCAGGCAUAGAGAAUGUGAUGGAAGGGGAAGACAAACACUAAAGAUCACUGUAAAAAUAGACUGGCUUAGAGUUUUGAAAUGGACAUUUAAAGGAGAGCUUAAUUUUUUAUUUUAAAUAUCCAAGUAUUUAAAAAAGAAAAAGAAAAAAUGUAAUGCUCCAUCCUGUCUUUGCUAUAGGAGUCAAUGUUGCAGCACGGAGUGUCAGAGAGAAUGGUGAUAUUUAUCACUUAACUCUUCAGCCUGAUUCUCCAAUGCCUUCCAUCUUGUGUGGUCAUAGAGCUGUGCAACGUGUAUGUAAACUGUUACCAGUCUGAUCUGGUAGCAUUUUACACCCACUUACCACAUGUAAAUAACUACCAUAGGGUGCUGGGCAGACUCAACUCCUUUGCCUCUAGACAUUCUGAGAAGCCAAUGGCAGAGGCAGGAUUGAGAGGUCUGGAAAAGGGGGGUUAUUUGAAAAAAAAAAACAGUGCCAUUUUGUUUUGGUGACAUGACUUUACAUACUAUGUAAACCUCGUCUUAUUAAAUACAGAAUGAGCCAUAAGCACCCGAUUUUCUGUAUGUUGUUCAGAUGUCUACAAAGUCUAGUUUAGAACAUAUUAACAUGUCUUUGAAAUAUGUGGGGGGAGAGGAAUUGCCACCAUCAAAAUAGCUCAGUAUUAUGAGCAAACCUCUCCCUCACCCUUCUCCCUCAAAGUCCUGUAAUUUUCUAGAACAGACAGAUGCCAGUGCAGAAGUCGUGUAUAAUCUUGGCAAAAGCACCCUGUGGUAUGUCUCUCAAGAAGAGCAAUGUACAUAGUGGACAGGAGCAUAUAUAGUUAUCUAUUAACUAUCUGAGAAGAACCCAUUUCUAAGGAUACUUAUUCCAAAGGCACUCCUUUAUUUAAGUUUGAUGUUUUUAUUAAAUAGUCUCAUUCAUUGGUUUUUUAUUAGCUGUGCUCAUGUUUGAGUUGGUUUUUAAACUUCAUGUGAAAGCGGCUCUCUGUAUUACACAACAUCUAAUAUACAAAAAGUUAAACUUUUUCUGGUUUCAAUUUUACAAAAUGAGUGUUCUCCCUCAGUUUGAAAAUAGCAUCUGAAUUUUUUCUCUUGCUAUAACAUUUGAAGAGUAUGUCUCAUUGAUAAGUUAUAGUAUCAUUUUUACAAAGACUAGAAACCCAGAUUAAAAAAAACCCCUAUUUUAAUAUAGUGCAGCUAUAGCUUGUUUUCCAAUAGUAUUGUUCCUGUACACUUUUUGUUCAAGUGUAUGGCUUAGGUGUUUCAUGAUGCACUUACAACUUAAACCUGUUGGUGUCACUAAUGGAAAAGCAUUUGCUCCACAUAACACCAGCGGGCUUGAUUGUGAUUUAAUAAAAAAGGACAUGGGUGAGCCUCUUAUGAGUUUUGUUUUAUGAUCUCUAGUGUUUGUAAAACUGUUUUAAGUUUGAAAAUUAAAAUAAAUCCUUCCCUAGUCCUGUG